AUGGACGGCAAGGAUAACAGCCAGUUGGUUCCAAGUGGAGGAGGUGGAACUGACUCCGCUUCGGGGCCUUCCCCUUGCUGUCCUGGUCCCUGUGGAGGCUGCCCGGGCUGUCCAGGUUGUGGUGGGUGUCCCUGUCCGUGCGGCGGCUGUGGUUGCGGUCCUUGUGGCUGCGCUUGUGGCUGCGGAGGCUGCUGUCCCUGUCCGUGCGGUCCUUGCGGCUGCGGUUGUCCACGCCCGGGUGGACCAGCUUGCCCGCCAGGCUGUGGAGCGUGUCCUAGCUGCCCAGCAUGUCCUGGUGCCUGUCCUUGCCCUGGCGGGUGCCCGACUGGCUGCCCCGGCUGCUGUCCGGGUGGAUGUCCCGGCUGCCCUGGGGGCUGUCCUGGCUGCCCUGGAAUGAUGGGCCCGAUGGCUGGUAACAACCCCAUGAUGGCCAUGAUGAUGAUGAUGAACAUGCAGCAGAUGAUGGCCAAGGCUGGAGGGGCCGCGCCUCAGCAGGGCAUGAACCCGAUGGCCGCCAUGAUGGGCAUGGCAAACAUGGGUGGAGGCGGGCCGCCCCCGCAAGCCGCGGAGAAGGAAAAGCCGUCAAUACAUCAUGAUGACGACGAUGCGAUCGACCCCGACCUUCGUGAGCUUGGGGAUUAUUUCAACAUCGAGGAGCGCUGGGUGGUUCGCUUGAACGAGGCCAUGAAGAAGCGACAGGACACCAAAGCUCAGGAUAUCGAGAAGCUGUAUGAGGUCUUAGAGAAGGCUCGGAGUCCGACGGGACUGCUUACCGUGCAAAUCGGGAAGAUGGAGUGCGGGCAGUUCGUUGGGAAGGUCAAGCCGGACAAGGAUGUAGAGCGGAUUGCCAGAAAGUUCAAGCUUGAUGACCACGUGAGUUCAAAGAUCACGGAACUGAAGGUUUGGCGAAAGCGCAACGGCGAAGAAGAGCGAGCCAUGAAGGACUUGGAGCGGAUAGAGUUCCACUUGCGCUUUGCCAAAAGACCAAAUGCGCUUUGCACGCUCCUAGUUGGAAAGCUGCUCGAGGGUGAGGUCGACGAGUUGCCUGAUCUCACCAAUGCGGAGAAGAUCAUGACAGACUUCAAGCUGGACGAGGACGCCUGUUCAAAGAUGCGAGAGAUCAUCGAGAAGCGCUCUGCGGACGAAGAGCGCGUGCUCACCUGCGUUCGGAAGCAACUCAAGUCAGCAAGCAAUGCGUCGUCGAUGUCCCUGGGCGGUUGUGCAAAAUUGCCCGGACACUCAUUGAUGGCGGUGACUUACCAGAUCCGCCCGAGCGACCGCCAAAGGGUAAAGGUGGAGGCAAAGACGGUGGCAAAGAAGACGGCGAACGCGGAGAGCGCAGAGACCGCGACGGUGGGGACCGCCAUCAUGAUCGUGACCGUGGCCGGCGUGACCGCAGCCGCAGCCGUGAUCGUCGAGACCGGCGUGACAGCCGCGGCCGCUAGUGACAGUGAAAGCCGACUGAGAGCGAAAGAUCGCGGAUUCCAGCAAUUCAACUCUGUAGCCAUUGCGAUGAUUGCCCACGGCCUUGUACCAGCUCCCGGCACAGGAAUGCCUUUCCUGCAAGUGAAAGCCUUGGAGAAGCACCAGCAACGCGGAUGCUCUGCCUCGGAGAAGGGCCGAUUGCUGGGCCGAAGUCAAACCACAGCCUUCACACCCACCGAGCGGCGAUGGUCACAGCCGAUGGUUCGGAAGGAGCUCUCGGACAGCUUGCACAACCGGCCUGAGACCGAACUUAGCAGCAUGCUAAGUUCGGAUUGCGGCCACUCGAUGCCUUUGUUUGAGAGGCCAAAACUGCAGCAUUCACGGUCUGACGCAGUGAGCUCGCAAACCCUCAGUCGGAGAGAAGAAGGACGCGCAGCUGAUCUGGAUGAUUCGCACCUUACCUGCGGAUGUGGCUUUACCUGCGGGACGCCUUCUGCCAUGGACCGCCAUCAGAAGAGGUGCAGCUUGGAUGUGCGAUCCGCUCCUGCGAGUCCGGCUGCGGUGGACAAGGCGUUCGAAGUCCAGCUGAGAAAGAGGUUUGGCAGUGAACCAUCAGCUGCAGUUGUGGAUAAGGCAGCGUUCUCCCGCAUUGCGGAGGAGGCAGAAGCCGAGACCAGGAGCGCUCUGAGGUUUCUUCUCGUGCGCCACGGGGAGAGUGCCAACCGGGGCAGCACAAGCAAGUGCCCCGAUCCUGCGCUGUCUCCUAAAGGCCAGCGCCAAGCGGAGGCAUUGGCGGACCGUUUGGCUGGCGAGAUGGAGAAGGUUGCGGCUGUUGGCGACCUGCAAAUCUGGUGCAGCCCUAUGCUGCGAUGCUUGCAGACCAUCAAACCGACGAUGGACGUGUUGGACCUGCCGCAAAGCAAAUGCAUCUGCCAUGGCUUCGCUGCAGCAUUCGGACUUUCGUUCGUGUGUGCAACAUGA